AUGGGUUUGAUUCAAUUGGUGAGCGAGCUGUGCUCAAAUCCCAAACAUACAAGAUGGAUCGCACCGCUCCUCAACAUCGGCGAUGGCCUGCUCUGCGCUCUCAUAAUUUGGAAAGUGCCUUGUGAGUUAGAUACUGAAAUCGACUGGACGACGUAUAUGCAGCAGAUACAAACAUACCUCUCAGGAGAGCGCGAUUAUACCUUAAUUAAAGGUUCCACAGGCCCCCUUGUCUACCCUGCCGCCCAUGUUUACAGCUAUGCAUUAUUCCACAACUUAACCGAUGAAGGACGGGAUAUCGCCUUCGGCCAGAUUAUAUUCGCUUUCCUAUAUUUGAUCACGCUUACGAUAGUUAUGGCUUGUUAUCGGCGAGUUGGGGCUCCACCGUACUUGUUCCCUUUGCUGGUUUUGUCCAAACGACUGCAUAGCGUGUAUAUGCUGCGACUCUUCAACGAUGGGCUUGCGGCGCUGGCCAUGUGGGGCGCUAUUUGGCUCUUUAUAAAUCGAAAAUGGACUCCCGCGGUUAUACUUUGGUCCCUUGGGCUUGGUGUUAAGAUGACCUUGAUUCUCUUGGCCCCGGCGGUUAUCGUGGUGCUUGCAUUGAGCUUGAGUAUAGGGUCGUGCAUCGGACUGGCUAUUCUAGCCUUGGGUAUUCAGGUUUGUGGCUACUCAUACAUUGGAACUUUCCUUCAUGCUCCCAUGGAUGGCCGACUGACACAGGGACAGGUCAUGCUUGCAACCCCAUUCCUACAGGCGAAUUCCAGCGGCUACUUUGAACGCUCUUUCGAAUUUGGAAGGCAGUUUAUGUUUAAGUGGACGGUAAACUGGAGAUUUGUACCAGAGGAAGUAUUUUUGUCCAAGGAGUUCUGGCUGGGCCUGGUAGCUUUGAAUUUGCUCAUACUGGUUAUUUUUGGGGUCACGAGCUUCUCAAAGCCGUCCGGUACCAACUUGCCCAACUUCCUGAGCAACUUCUUGACGGGGCGAUAUCAUGGCGUAGUCCUCCAUCCAUCCUUCAUUAUGGCCGUGUUGUUGACGACCCUUGCCAUCGGGUUGCUGUGUGCAAGGUCUAUACACUACCAAUUUUUCGCCUAUCUCUCUUGGGCGACUCCUUUCCUCCUCUGGCGGGCUGGCUAUCAUCCAAUUUUCAUUUAUGCACUUUGGAUACUGCAGGAGUGGGCUUGGAAUGUGUAUCCGAGCACCAACCUCAGCUCCACCGUUGUUGUCCUCUUGCUUUGCGCCCAGGUGUUUGGCGUCCUGAAAAACAGGAAUACCGCAUUUCCCACUUCACCGCCAAGACCCAGAGCGAAAGAACACGUUCAGUGA